AUGUCGACCGGCCCGUUAACCACGUACACCGGAGUCACCGGUGUUGCCGACCCUGGCGGCGACUCCAUGACCGAGGACCUGAACUUGUAUUACUCGGCCGGCGACUUCGCGUGGAUCAUGACAUCCUCGGCCCUUGUGCUGCUCAUGGUCCCCGGUGUCGGUUUCUUCUACAGCGGCCUGGCGCGCCGGAAGUCAGCCCUCGCUCUGAUCUGGUUAUCCCUGAUAUCCAUAGCCAUCGCCGGCUUCCAGUGGUUCUUUUGGGGCUACUCACUCACCUUCUCCCAUACGGGCAGCGCCUUUAUUGGCGACCUCACCAACUUCGGGUUGAUGAAGGUGCUUGCCCAACCCAGUGUCGGCAGCACCAAGCUCCCUGACAUACUGUUUUGCCUGUACCAGGGCAUGUUCGCCGCCAUCACCCCCGCCCUCGCCAUCGGCGCCGCCGCCGACCGCGGCCGCAUGCUGCCCUGCGUGGUCUUCAUCUUCAUCUGGGCGACCAUCGUGUACGACCCGAUCGCGUACUGGACCUGGAACGCCAACGGCUGGUCCUUCCAGAUGGGCGGGCUCGACUUCGCGGGCGGCACGCCCGUGCACAUCAGCUCGGGGGCGGCCGCGCUCGCCUACUCGCUCAUGCUGGGCAAGCGCACCGGCUACACGCGCGUGCACGGCCUGCCCUACCGCCCGCACAACGUGACCCACGUCGUCCUCGGCACCGUCUUCCUCUGGGUCGGCUGGUUCGGCUUCAACGGCGGCAGCGCCCUCGGCGCCAACAUGCGCGCCGUCAUGGCCUGCGUCGUCACCCACAUCGCCGCCUGCGUCGGCGGCUUCACCUGGUGCCUGCUCGACUACCGCCUCGAGAAGAAGUGGAGCACCGUCGGCUUCUGCAGCGGCGUCAUCUCGGGCCUUGUCGCCAUCACCCCCGCCGCGGGGUACGUGCCGCCCUGGUCUGCCGUCGUGUUUGGUGUGGUCGGCGGUGUGGUGUGCAACUUUGCCACCAAGCUGAAAUUCGUGCUCGGUAUCGACGACGCCCUCGAUAUCUUUGCCGAGCACGGCGUGGGCGGUAUCGUCGGCAACCUGCUAACAGGCCUCUUUGCUGCUGAUUACAUCGCCCGUCUGGACGGCAGCACCAAGAUCGACGGCGGCUGGGUCAACCAGAACUACGUCCAGCUUGGCUACCAGCUGGCCGACAGCGUCGCGGGCUUCUCGUAUUCGUUCGUCAUGACCUGUGUCAUCCUGUUCCUCAUGAACCUCGUCCCCGGCUUGUCGCUGCGUGCCAGUGCCGCCGAAGAAGAGAUUGGCCUCGACGAUGGCGAGCUCGGCGAGUUUGCGUACGACUACGUCGAGAUCACCCGGCAUAUCGACGGCGCCAUGACAGGCAUGACGGGCAGCCCCAGCCAUAGCAUCAAGGGGGAUGUGCCGGAGAAGACGGCAUGA